AUGUCAGUGCCUGGCAUCUGGUCUCAGGUCAAGCGCGCUCCCAAGGCCAACCGCAAGCGCAAGACGUUUGAGGUGGCGGGCCCUUCGGCAGCGGGCGCCAUGCCCAUGGACGAGCGGGCGCGUCAGAUAUUCCAGUACUUCAAAUCAUACAAUUACAAGGUCAAGGAAACCGGGGAUGUGAUUACCUUCGAGGGCAUUUACGCGGCGGACAGGGGCCAGGCGGCAGCGGUUACUUUCUACACCUUCUGCGGCAUGGCCAGCGUGGCGCUGGUGCUCUCGAUCCUGUUCCCGGACAUUGGCAACUGGUGGUAUGCGCUGACGUUGGUCAGCCCGCUUUCUGCGGUGUACUACUUCCAGAGGGGGGAGCGCGCAGAGGAGGUGCGCGUCAAGAUGGUGACGAGCGAUGACGACUUGACCACAGACAUCAUUGUGGAGGGCGAUCAGGAGGAGAUUGCGCGCCUCUCUAAGGAGCUGGGCCUGGUUGAGAAGGGCAUGGUGUAUGUGAAGGGCAUACUGGAGCAGUGA